CAAAAUGGCGCACAACGGCAAGGCACUCACAGGGCGCUACAAUGCCACGCCCACCUAUGGCUUCGACAACGAGCAGAACUACUGCCUGAAUUCCCAACAGUUGCCGUCUCCAAUGCCCCCUCCACCAUACGCCUUGGCACGCGUGAGCAGCACACGCAACUUCGAGCUCGAGAACCACACACCGCCGGCAUGUCCCGGCUCUGGACCCAUUGCCAUGACGAACGGCACCAUCCAGUUGCGCCUCCGCGAUGGCGUGCGCAUUGACAUGACUCUGGACAAGGCGGUGCGCGUGCUCAAUCAGCGCAGCAUGGUGGCAGUUGCUCUAUCACGCAACUGCAGCAACUCGGCUUUGAUCCACCCCAAUGGACGCAUCUUGCAGAGCGGCGCUAAAGUCGAAAUAGUCACCUACGACGGCAUGAAGGGCAAUAACUUUGUUCGCUAUGCCAAGAUGUGGUACAAGGGUGUGAGCUUCACCAGCGAGGCGUGCGCUCUCAUCUACCUGGUGGACACAGCCGGGACGCGCACCACAACCGACACUUUCACCGAUCUGACCAAGGACUACACCCUGGCAGUGUUCUAUGACGACUCGCGCCAUGGUCCCUCUUAUAUGGCUGAAGCCCAUGACGUGAUUGCCAAUUCAGCUUACACCUGUACCGAGGAUGGCACUGAGAUCUAUGACAUAAACGGAUUUCGCAUCACCCAGGCAGCCGAUGGCCUGGUGAAGGUCACUCGUGUGGACAACAAGUGCUUGAUUCGCACCAGUCCCGGCAAUGGAUCGGCCACUUUGACCACACCUGGCAUCCAUUGCACUGCCUCUCUGGGCAAGACCUCGCAUCUGUUUGUUCGUCGCAAUGAGAAGCGCAUGCACUUCGAUGAAUCCUGUUUCAUUGUACGCAUCGCCGGACACUCCGCCGGCUUCAAUGAGAACAACCUGCUCAUUGUCUACUAAGCGGCGUUCGUAGUC